GUGCUGUUUCUGCUGCGCUCCUUCCAGGCCGACUCGCACAGACCCCUGCCAGCAGGAAGUGGCAUCGGAGAGGCCCUCCGUCAGCGCAUGUGGCUGGCUUCUAGGCUGAAUUCCUGUUUGGUGACCAGAGGAGCCUUUUUAGACGUGAUGGUGUGUCUUUGUGGGUCAAAGGUCAGCAUUCUGGAAGAUUCAGAGGUCAGCGCUCUUCGUCAGACGACACUGUCCAUCCUCAUGGCCUCUGAACUGUUGACCUCCGACUCUUCCUCGGCUCCGCUUGGCCCCGGCAGCACGCAGUACCUGCUCAGCGUUGCCCAGGUGGGCCUCAGUGCGAGUGUGGACUGUCCUGACCUGUGGAGAGGCGCCGAGCAGAGACACCAGCUUCUGGACAGUCUGCUGCGUAGCCCACUUUAUGAGGUGAGGGAGCUAGCAUUGGAGAGUGUCCUGAGGAAGCUGCAUGAAGAGGAGGGGGACGAAGCCAAGAGAAGGCCUCUGUGGCUCAGUGAGACCACCGUGGCCGACCUGACCAACAUGGCCGUUCAUGAGCGACACCAGCAGUGUUUAGCAAAGGUCCUGCAGGUGUUGUGUGUGUUGGGCUCCAGCAGUGAGCUCUUGUGGAAGGACGGAGCAAAGACUUUGUCCCAGGAGGAGGUUCUGAUCCACCUACUUACUCUGGCUGAGAACUUUACUCACAGUGUGGAGCUCCUCUGUGCUGCAGUAACACUGGCCUCCCAGCUGGUGGUGGCGCUGGUGAGCUCUGACCAUCAGGAUCCGGGUGCAGUGGUGUGUUUCGCCCAGUGGGGGGCUCUGGUGCGCUCCUGCUCUGCUGAAGAUCAGCCGGUGGAGGUGAAGCUGAUGGUCGCCAAGGUGCUGGUCACCUGUUCAUCCACGCUGAUGACCAACCCUCAGCUGCCGCUGGGUUUAGCUGCUACCGUGUCGCUGUGGAGCAGUCUGUUCACCCUGCUGCAGGACGAAGACCAGGAAGUGAGAGACGCUGCCUCCGACUUCACCUGCUGCGUGCCAGCUCACCUGCUCAGCUCAGAUGUUGCCGGCGUGUUCCUGUGUCCGCCAGCAGCCUUGGACCUGGGUGUGGGGCUCCUGUGUGAGAUGUUUGACCUGUGGGGGCAGCUGGGAGCCGGGCUCCUCGCUCUCACCCAGUGGCUGAUGGGAGAAGAGGAUGACAGCGAUGAAGACGAGGCAGAGGAAGCUUCCUGUCUGGAUGAAGAGGACUUCCUGUUUGAGAAGGGCGAGCUGAACCUUUGGGCCGAGCCGCUGCAGUGGGUGCAGCUGCUGCACCGACACCUCCGCUCCCUCCUGACCCGUUUGGGUCAGAACCAGGCUGUUGAUCCGGACCAGGUGGGUCGGAUCCAGACGCAGGCCCGGGCCAAACUCCUCGCCUCCCAGCAGGCUCUGGACCGCCUGCCGGCGCUACCGCAGUUCUGCUGCUCCGCGGCGCUCGCACGGCUGACGCUGCGGCGCCGCAGGGCGGAGCUGGUUCUGGAUCUGCUGCACAGGGUCCAGGCAGCGGGUUCAGAACUGUAAGAAUUUAGACUAUUUGUAACCUGGUUUAUGUUUUAUUCCACCAAUCAAGGUGUUUUAUUUGUUAUUAAAAUCAGAUUUUUAAUUAA